AUGCUUCCAAAGAAUUGGCCCUCAUUCGACGCGUUGCCGCUCGACAAAAGCGGACCCCCUGGAAAUGCCUGGGGUCUUUUUGGAGCGGACGAUCAGUUAGGCAUGCUUAAUCUAUUAACUCCAGAUGUUGUCGCAGCUGCAGCCACGGAGAUAAAGCAGGGGAUUCGAAUUUCGCUGGAUUAUCCACUCGACAAACCAUCUUUUCCAACUAAUGACCGCAAGAUAUUUCAGCACCGAAUUGUCCAUCAUCCAUCUGUUCCUAUGAAUGACGAUGAAGUACACCUGAAUACGCAGAGUAGCACACAAUGGGAUGGAUUCCGGCAUUUCGCAUAUCGACAUGCGCAAAAGUUCUAUAACGGACACCAACAGAAGGAUUUUGAAGACAAGGAGGUUCUAGGAAUAGACCAGUGGACUCAAAAAGGAGGCAUCAUUGGCCGCGGUGUCCUAAUCGACUACGCCGACUGGGCUGAACGCAAGGGGGAAAACCUCAAACCCCUCCAGUCCGGAGCCGUCACGAUCGAGGAAAUUAAAGGGAUAGUCGCAGAGCAAAAUAUCGAGAUUCGACCCGGCGAUAUCCUGUUCAUUCGGGUUGGUUUCACAGCAGCAUACAACGCCUUGUCAGCAUCACAGCAACAGGAAUAUCCGGAUCGACAGCCGGGGGGUCUGUUAGGCCUAGAAGCAACACAAGAGUCUUUGCGUUGGCUUUGGGAAUCACGUUUCGCUGCUGUUGCAAGCGAUUCACCAAGUUUCGAGCGUGGUCCUGUGAAUGGGCCUUUCAAUCAUCCUGAUGUAUCUGUCCAUCAGUGGGCAUUAGCGGGUUGGGGGCUCCCAUUGGGCGAAAUGUUUGACCUAGAAGAGCUGGCUAGCACAGCCAAGAGCUUGGGAAGAUAUUCUUUCUUCUUGACCAGUGUCCCUAUCAAGGUCCCUGGAGGAGUUGCAAGUCCCCCGAAUGCGGUUGCGAUAUUUUAA